UUUCUUCUGAUUUUUCACCACGAGAAGCCUCAAAAUGCAAAUCACAUCCUUGUUAGUGUUGUUCGUGGGAGUAGUUGUUUUAGCCACUCCCUCUUUCGCAGAUUACUACAAACCGCCUAAGUAUGAGCCUAAGCCACCUUAUUUCAAGCCUCCUAAGGUAGAGAAGCCAUUCCCAGAACACAAGCCUCCAGUCUACAAGCCACCAAAGAUUGAGAAGCCACCAGUCUACAAGCCACCACCAGUCUACAAGCCACCAAUUGAGAAGCCACCAGUCUACAAGCCACCACCAGUCUACAAGCCACCAAUUGAGAAGCCACCAGUCUACAAGCCACCACCAGUCUACAAGCCACCAAUUGAGAAGCCACCAGUCUACAAGCCACCACCAGUCUACAAGCCACCAAUUGAGAAGCCACCAGUCUACAAGCCACCAAUUGAGAAGCCACCAGUCUACAAGCCACCAAUUGAGAAGCCACCAGUCUACAAGCCACCAAUUGAGAAGCCACCAGUCUACAAGCCACCAAAGAUUGAGAAGCCACCAGUCUACAAGCCACCAAAGAUUGAGAAGCCACCAGUCUACAAGCCUCCAAAGAUUGAGAAGCCACCACCCUUUCACAAGCCAUUGCCACCUUAUGGUCACUAUCCGGGACACCCUCCAGUUGAAAAUGCGGAAUAUAUCAAGCCAAAAAACUGAAUUAAACUUUUUAUAUAUAGAUAUGCAGGAGUACUAUUAGUAGCUGAGAAUAAGUGCCAUGGCUGAAGCUCAUUCAUUAGGCUUUCUAGUGCGUUUUCUAUAUCGAUCAGUUGCACACUGCAAGUGAGGAAAGCUCUCGUUGAAACGUCUCUUCUUUUUUCUUGUAAUUGAUGAGCAUAUCCUAAACUUUAUUAUGUAAACCAGUGGACUUCAUUUGCUGGAAUAUUUAUGAAUAUAUUUGAUCUUGUGUA